UAAAUUGAAAUAUUUAUGAAUUAUAUCAUAAUUUUAAUACAUUUUUAGUUUAUUUAUUAUUCUAAAAUUUGUAAAUACAGUUUUAAUUAAUUUCGUAUAUGUUCUUUAAAAUCUAUCCCUCAAUUUCAAACACUUAUUUAAUAAAACAUUUAUUUAAUUAAUAUUUAUUAAGUAAUAUUGAAAUGCAAAUCAUUCUGUAAACAAGACAAGUUAUUUAAAUAUAAUGUCUGCUGCAAACGCUGCUCCUAUUACAGCAACAGACAGCUUAUCUCAAGCACUAAAAGCAAAUAUCAUCCCUAAUCAGGAAUACUUAUUACAGGGGUCCGUCUUGGAUUCAGCUGUAGAAGUGUUACUUCAUAGGUUACGUGGUCUUUGCGAUAAUGUUGAUGCUGGCCCAGAGACAUUUAAUGACCAAGAAGUAUGUUUCAGUUUACGAGACCCAAAUCAACAGGCUGCACCUCUAAUGUUAAGAGUCCGUAAAGCUCUGGAUGUACGUGACAUGCCAUUCCAGCUGAGGUACAUUGGGCAACCGGACCUUGGAGACAAGAACCGGCCUACAGUGGUGCGGUCAAGUCUUGACAUUGCUUGUAAUGGCAUGUUAUUGGAAUUCCUUAAUGAAUUGGGGUGUAGAAUUGAGUUUGAAUAUAGUGUUAAAGGUUAUAUGUUCAGAAAAGGUCGAAUGAAAAUCACAGUUGCUAAAGUUUUCAAGAUUUCACAGAGUUCAAUGACUCCUGAACCCAUAUCACAGAGCUACUUAGUUGAAUUAUCGGUGUUAGCACCACAAGGCCAGGACGCUAUUGCUGAAGACAUGCGUGCAUUCGCCGACCAGCUAAGACCUCUUGUACACCUCGACAAGAUUGACUACAAGCGACUGGGGCACAUGGCUGUCACAUAGCCCAUGUUUCUCACUUAGACUGUCUUCACACACUUUGCUUCUUACUUCAGAGACGUGUGAAGACAGCCUUAGUUGUUAAAGAGGAACGUUUCUCAUUGAACUAUUUUCCGUGUUACAGUGAUUUGGAACUUAGUGAUCAUAGUACAUAGUAACUGCUAAAUUAUGAAAUGCACUGCUGUUUAAUAUAAGUGUGGAAUGAGCCGUAUAUAUAAGAUGUCCUAUUCAUCUUAAAAUAAAUAUAUAAACACUUUAUUAAAAAUAUACUACAUAUCACAUUGUGAAGUAUAUUAUGUUACCGUCAUAUUCUUUUUUAAAUUACCAUACGUCACAGUUAAUUAACUAAUAAGUAAAAACAGGAAAUAAACUCAUUAACUUGUACAGAUUACCUAUUCAAUUGCUUGUAUAAUGUAAUUGAAUUAUUA